AUGACGGAUUCUGAUUCUCGCGACACAGAAACACAAAACCAACAUUAUCAUGAUCAUCAUCAUCAACAACAACAACAACAUCCAUAUGUGGUUGCUGCUUCUUCCUCUUCUUGUUCUCGUAACCCACGAAAGAAGAGAACCAAAAUGGAAGAAGGGUUGAAAACCAAGAGACCAGACCCUAGUGCUCCUAAGAUCACCCGUCCCUGCACCGAAUGUGGCAAGAAAUUCUGGUCCUGGAAGGCUCUGUUUGGCCACAUGCGAUGCCAUCCAGAGCGUCAGUGGAGAGGGAUUAACCCACCCCCCAAUUUAAAACGACAACAACAUCAUCAUCAACAACAACAACAAAUGACUCAAGAAGACCACGAUGUUGCUGCUUGUCUUCUUUUACUUGCAAAUGGAAAGGUUAAGGAAGAUACUGUGGAUUCACCGAGUCUAAGCAUUUUCGAAUGCUCAAGUUGCAACAAAGUGUUUGGAUCACACCAGGCUCUUGGAGGACACAGGGCUAGUCACAAGAAUGUCAAAGGCUGUUUCGCCAAUGCCAUAACAACCAGGUUAGUUACUGACGACGACCACCACAACCACAUCAACAUGAUGAUGCUUCACGGCGGUGCAGGUACAACAACCACCACCACAACAACAACCACCACUACUAAUAGCAUAGGGGAAGAGCCAGAUGACAGCGUGGGUCACAAAUGUAGCAUUUGUCUGAGGGUGUUUCCAACAGGACCAGCACUUGGUGGUCACAAGAGGUGUCAUUGGGAGAAAGGGGAGAAUGUGAUUGAACCAUCACACAGGUCUGUUGACUUGAAUUUUCCUCCUCCUUCUCCUUCUCCUUCUCUUCCUCUUCCUCUUCCUCUUGAUGAUCAUUGCCCUUCUUCUCCUCUCACUCUGGAUUUGAGGUUGGGACUUUAG